AUGACUCAACAGCAACGGAAAUUCGCCUUCUGUGGAAAGAACUCCAGCUCAUCUGCGAAAAGGAAGUGCUCCUCUACACCCGCAGUACGAGAGGUGGAGCUAUCACUUACGAAGAAGACAUCGAAAAGGAAGUACGAGGAAGUCGAUGAGGAGCUUCUUGAAAGCCGUCGAAAUUACGAGCAGAAACUUCGCCGAUGCGAGGAAGAGUUGAAAGCCGUCGACAGAUUCUUAAGCAACAACGUAGUCCGCGAACGCCAUUUCGGUGACCGAAGAAUGAAGGACUAUGAGUCAACCCUCAAGUGUGUCUUUUGCUACGCAAUUGGUAAGCAUUACUCAGAUGCUUGCCCCAGAGUUACUACCGUCGAGGAACGAUUGAAGAUUCUGGAUUGUACCGGCGUAUGCUCUAUCUGCAUAAGCAAACACGAGGAGAAACCGUGCCAGAAAACAGUCUGCUUCUACUGUAAGGGCGGCAGGAUGGAAUUGAGAAAGAAGGUGGAUCAUCACACAAGCGUCUGCAAGCGUCCAGAGAAGUUCGUCGAGGCUCAACAGAAGCGAUGGAACACCAGGGCCAGCAUCGAUAAGUACCGUCGAUUACUCGAGGAAUGCGAUGCACAGAUUCAAGCAGCACGUCAAAAGCGCAAUGGAGACGAAAGAGAACAGUUCUAUGAUCAGGAAUUUCGUUAUCUGAUUGAUUCUGGUAUAUUCUCAGAGUAA